GAAAUUGUUGCAAUUGAUGAGUGGCAAAAGUGAAAAAAAAAUGAUUGCCAACGAUUGCCGCACCAGGAAAGCGAAGGGCGGAGGCCGCGCCGGGAACUUGAUGCGUACGCUCGUAAGGCGCCCGAAGCGCUCGAACUUGUCGGAGAGUUCGCGCUCACGCACGUCCUCGGGCAAGUUGCCAACGAACACGCGGGCCAUUAUCACUCGACUCGGUCUGGGGCUAAACGACUCUGAUCGGCAAAAUUCCCCCGCUUUAGUGGCGUUGAAGCCACUCGACUACUACCACCAAUUUGUCACAAUCCCGCCACCAACGUUGCGUUUCUAGUUUUCGUUGCCUGUUCUGUUCCACAUUUCAGUUUAGAGAAAUCUCAAGUGUGGAGAAGGUGGAAAAAUGGAGACUGACGCUACUGCACGAGACGCAGGCCCGCGCAUCGAUGAGCAUUUCGACCACAUCCGUGCGAAUCUCAUUCGCUGCGAAGAGUGCGACGAGAACUUCUUCUUUGACUUCCUGCGGCAUCCGCGAUAUUUCGUGACGCAUUUCAAGACGUGCCACCUCAAGAACGUGCUGUACCGCUUCAAUGGCUGCUCCGAGGAGGAGAACCAGCGCGUGCGCUUCGGGCCCCGGCGCAAGAAAGAUGCCAAGGCGUGGUUCGGCCAGCUCAAGUCCACUGAGAAGAGAAUGAUUUCCAUGCAAGACAACAAAUGGGGUGAAAUCGCUGAGCGCGAGUGUUGGUCUUGUCGAUUGUGCAAACAAGCCCGGAAGAGCGGUGAGAUCCCUCACGCCUUCGAGCCCAACGAGCUAGGACGUCGACAGGCCUUGCUGCAUCUACGACAGUUCCACGAAGCCGCGUACAAUUCUUUUCUCAGUAUGCUGCCGGCAGUGGACAGCUCUUUGAGUCGUGGGAAUCUCACCAGUCACAAUACGGCAAGUCUUAGUCCAGCGGGAUAUUUACAACAAGCAGGUGAAAUUUCUAUUGAAAGUGUAUCGAUCGCUACAACUCCGAGACACUCGAUCGAGGCAGAGCGAAGCCGCCUGCGUCGCAUGAACGCAACUCCUGAGGCUAAAAGGGCAGAAGCAGAGCGGAGCAGAAGACGCCGAGAGCAGCUCACGCCAGCGCAACGACAGGCAGACGCCGAGAGACGAGCUCGCAAGCGACAACGCGCCGAGGAGCGAGCUCGGAGUCGAUUGCGCCGUGCUGAGGCGUCUCCUGACGCCCGAGAACGAGAGAUGAAGCGCUCGAGAGAACGCCGACUGAAUGCGACCGAGCAGCAACGUAAACGAGAGGCACAGCGCAGUCGUAUGCGCCGUCAGAAUGCAACACAAGAGCAGAAACUGCGUGAACGGGAGCGCUGUCGCCGUCGAUACGAGAUCCAGAAGCAGCAAAGACUCGUGCAACAGGCCACGUCGGUGUCAGCACUGGAAGUGCAACCAGCGACUCCAGUUACCCCCGUCUCGGACGCAACGAGUCCUCCUGCUUCCGUCACAAGCGACCAGAACACGCCGCCGAGAGCUCGAGUGUUGCCAGCAGACCUGGAGCGACGCAACCAGCAGUUGUUGCAACAACAAGCUGGACUGGGACAGCAACUCCGCUCGCUCUAUGCGUCUCUAUCACUUGCAUCUCGAGUCGAGCUUUAACUAUUUACCUUUAAAAUAAUAAAAAAAAAAAAAAGUAUCGUAUUCAA